AUGUCUAAGCUGUUUGCCGUGACUGGUCAGAACAACAAAAGAAAUGCAGGAAAACGGGCUAUUGAUACCCAAAUUCUUCUUCGCGAAGGACAGUCUCAGCCGCGCGACUCCGAUCGUUAUGCCACCGCCGUCGCACGAAUGAAUUAUCUCCAUGCUCGAUAUCGCCGCGCCAAUAAGAUUACAGAUCCAGAUCUGUUACACACUCUUGGGGAUGGGCUUGGGGAGAUAUUCACGGUCGUCCAAAGGGAGGAAUGGAGACAACUGACCAAUGUCGAGAAAUGCGCGAUUGGUGUCUUUCACAAGACUCUUGGAGAUGACAUGGAGAUCCCAUUCGACCCUCUUCCUCAUAGUAAAGAAGGAUGGAGUAGUGGCCUCCAAUUUGCAGAGGAGCUGCACGCCUGGACACACCAGUACGAGCAGGAAGUGGCUCGACCAACAACUACUAACGAUCAGUACGUUCGAGUUUAUGUUGAUUCAGCUGUUUCCAAGAUGCCAGAAUUUGUGGCUGCCAAUAUCCGAAUGGUCUUGGCCGAGAGCCUGGAUGACACCAUGCGCGCAAGUCUCUGCCUCGAGCCUCCUGGACCUAUCCUCAGUGCAUUUAUCCAGUUCAUCCGCAUUUUUCGAAUCACAUACCUACGAUACAUGGCUCUUCCACGCUUUCACCCUAUCAAACUCGUCGCCGAGCAGCCAAACCCCGGAACUACUCUUUUCAAUUUUGACCAACUUAGCUUUCAACCUUGGUAUGUAAAGCCAAGCUUCUGGGCCUCAUGGGGACCUGUUGCCCUGUUGCUCAGGACUUUCGGUGGCAAGGUGCCGAGUUGGUCCAAGGAAAGGUACCAACCGCAAGGAUACGAUUUGAUGACUAUUGGUCCAGAUCCACAGAAGGGAAAGGGCGUGGAAGAAAUGGUGACAGCAAUAAGUGUUAUCAAGGCAAGGGGAGUGGUAACGUGCCCUUUCUCUCAAGGUCUUGGUUCUUAA